AGUGAAACUAUCCGGCACGCGGUCAUAACAUUUUCAAGCUUUCACACGUGUUAAAAGGAAAACAAAAAACAGGUUUAGAAUCCACCAUGACGUCUUUAGCCUACCAGCUGAAACGGCUGGCGCUUCCUCAGAAUGACCUCAAUUUACUGUCACGGAAAGAGGUUGCGUCUUUUCUUUUUGACCCCAAUGAGGCGGCGACCCUCGACAGAAGCACCUUCUAUGCUCUGGGCUGUACGGGCCUAGAGGAGCUCCUGGGGAUCGAACCAGCCCUUAAGGAGUUCCAGGACUCUCUCUUCAGCCGGGCAUCGCUCACGCUGGAGCGCAGCGUCCAGUCGAAAGAUGUCAACAAGAAGCUAGACGCCGACAUCUCUUUGUUCCUCACCCGCAUCUCCCCAUACUUCCUCCUCAAGCCGGCACACAAGUGCAUCGAGUGGCUGGUACACCGCUUCCAUGUUCAUCUGUACAACGUUGAUAGCCUGCUAGCUUGCGCGCUGCCUUAUCACCACACCAACACGUUUGUCCGAGUGGUUCAGCUCCUCAAGAUCAAGGAUGCCACACACCGCUGGAAUUGGUUGCAGGCCCUGCAGAAACCGGGCGUGCCGCUGGCCAAAGGGGCUCUGGUCACCCACUGCUUCUCGGAUCUGGGCUUCAUGGACUUCAUCUGCAACAACAUCGUCACACGGUCCAUUCAGGCUUUUUCCGGACAUUCCCAAAGUUUCUCCCAGCUGCGAGUGGUCUUCUCUUUCUACGCCUCCACCAUCGUGUCAGCUCUGGACGCCGUUGACAAAGUGUCAGACACCAUCAUUUCCAAACUGCUCCCCUAUGUGCAGGAGGGUCUGAAGUCAAAUCUGGCUGACUACAAGGCGGCCACCUACAUGAUCGUGUGCCAAAUGGCGGUAAAAGUGGUGAUGGAGGCCGGUCUGAUCAACACGCUGGCGCUGCGCAUCAGCAAGUCCAUGCUCAAAGAGCCCGUGUUGACCAAAGAAGGGCUGGGCUGCCUCAUCGUGCUGCUGCAGAGCCAGAAAGACGGCGCGGCCGGGUCCAGAUUCUGCAGCCACGUGUGUUCCAUGCCUGCGUUGGCAUCCACGCUUCAGCUCAUGGCCGCCACCCACGACGUGAGCCCUCUGCUGCGCUACCUCCUGCCUCAUCUGGUCCACGCCGCCUUUGGCAGCUCAGGUGACACCCACGUGUUGGAGUCGCUCCUGGAGUCUGUCCCCCUGACCAAAGGCCUGGAUGAUCACAUGGCUCGUUGGCUGCUCGAUGAUUACCUGAGUCAGACGGAGCUCACCGAGGACAACAUCGACACCCUCAACCAGCGUCUGCAGCCCCUGGUGCGACUUUUCGAGUCCAAAUACUUCGGGGCUCUGGACGGCGUCCUCUCCGGUCACGUGAAAGGCGUCAACAACUUGGAGCAAAAACGCCUCUUCCAUCAUUUCCUCUCUCUGUCCAUGAGCAGUGGAAAAUUCCAGAUUGUGGGCGACUCGGACACGUCGCUGCUGCUCAGCCUGAAGCACCCGCAGCCGUCACUACGAGUCUCGGCUCUGGAGCACCUGAGGAGCCUGGUUGCAUCCGGGCAGCUUCAGAGUUUGGAUCAGGACUUCCUGAAAGACGCCGUCUUGGAGCGCUUGAAGGAUGACGUGCUGGAGGUCGUCAGUGGGGCUCUUCAAACCUUGGAGAUGUUAAUUGACGUUUUGGACACCGAGGCCGUCGUGUCCAAUUUGCUGUCCCUCCUCCAAAGAAUCGAUCAACCCGAGGCUGACAGCUGGCUGCCAGUUUUAACAGAAGCGUUGCGUUUACUGACCGAUUCCCGGCUCGGAAAGGGGAGUGCCGAGCAGGCGGAGAAGAUUUUCUGGGGCCUGCUGCCCUUCUUAGUGGUCACCACCGCUCGACCAGGCUGCGCUCAGCUCUGCUUCGCACGCUGCGUCGCCCGCUGCGACGUCCUCGCCCGGCAUCCGCUCACCAUCACCUGGGCGGAAGAACUGGACGAAGUGAUGAAGCGGAGCUCUCAAGCCAACAAGGUCGGUUUGGCUAACCAGCAUCUGGUUUCCACGUUGAAGAAGAACCUCGGCAACAUGGAGCAAUUGGACAAGCGUAACGCCCUGGAGAAGUUUGGAGCGUUGGGGGAGCAGCAUCGCGGCGCCGGUGUCAGAGGCUCCGCUUUCUUCGUGGUGAUGACGGAGACUCUUCUCCUGGGCCUGGAGCAACUGGGCGAAACGGAGCACUUGCUCACCGCCCGGCAGGUCUUCACCGUUCUGGAGGCUCCGCUGCUGGAAGUCAUCAAGUUCGAUGACGCCCGGGAAGCCCCGCCCUCUGUCGCCCCCGCGUCCUUCGGUGAGGCGCUCUCCUUGUACUUGAGCAAAUGCGAGCAGAAGCCCGACGGACGGCACGAACGAGAAUACAACCACAUGAUGGUCAGUCUCCUCCGAGACUUCAUCUCUUCUCUCAGGUGUUGCGACGGCGUUUUUAAAGCUGCUGUGUGGUGGAACCCGGAGAAGCUGGACACCAACACCUGCUGCUACUUGGGGCUCGUCUCCCGCCUCUUCGCCGUUGUCAUCGGCGGCGCCGGCGAAGGGCCAAUGGCCGGGAGCUUUCGAGAGCUCGCGAAGCUCCUUGUUAAGGUUCACCUGAGCCAUCCGGCUGUCCUCUUCAAGUUUCUCUGCAUGCUGUGGGGAUACGGCGACAACCGCGGGGACCAGCUGGGCGUCCAGGUCGGUGUAGUCCUGCAGACCCGGGCGCUCUACGUGGGCGGCGCUUUGCUGAGCGCCCAGCCUGCCACCACGCUGGCGCAGCUUGCCGGAGCCGACUCGCCCGUGGUACCGGCAUUGCUGUGCUGUCUGACCUCACCCAUCCGGGAGAUCCGAAGGGCUUCGAUCAGCGCUUUGCAGAGCCUGUCGGUGGCCGACGCCACUCCCUUCCACCCGAUCGUAGGAAAGCUUCUGAACACUUCAGAGGAAAUUGUCGCCGACCCGUCGUACUUGAGCACGGCUCUGGGUGGUUUUCACGACGCAUGCGAGUCCGCUAAAAGGAAGACGCCGCUGCAGGCGGCGUUAACGCAGCUGCUGCUGAGCAUUCGGGAUCCUUGCUGCCCGUCCUAUACCGCCUCCUGCCUGCUCAGGGCGUUGAGCCGCGUCAAUGGGCAGGCCGUCCUUUCCGCUCUGCUGCCCCUGCUGGAUCGGCUGCUCAACAAUGACCCCGACAUGUCCACCAUGCUGCUGGACGAGUGCCAACUUUUACAACUCCUCCUGGGCAAGUACGACGAGACGGUGGCCCCGCUGCUGGCUGCAGACCGCAACUGUCUGGACCUGUUUGUGAAAGCCAUGAAGACCUCCACUCCGGCAUUGUCGGGGAUCCUCAGCUGCCAGAUCAUGGCUCUGGAACAGAUCAAAAAGCCAUUCUUCAACGCCUUGGGAGAUGAGAAGGUCCAACAGGAGCUGCUCAAGGUCAUGUUUGACCUGCUGGUGGAAAGCAAAAGUCCGAUCCUCGCCGACGCCAUCGGCAGUGCUUUUAAAGCGAUCGCAGUGGAUGCUCAGUUGGUGGCUAACGAGCUGGCGCCACCGGAGAAAGCCAAAGUCGCCGUGACGGUUCAGCAAACCCGCCGGAGCAGAUUGAUGCAAAGGAAACCUGACGAGAGUAGUGACGUAUCUCCAGACGGGCCCACUGUUUCCUGGCGCAGAGUCACUCUGAUCCUGGAGCUGCUGCAGCACAAGAAGAAGUUGAAGCGAGCCCAGACGUUGGUGCCGGUUCUCUUCGCGCUGCUUGCCAGGAGCCUGGAGGCAAGUUCUGCGGAACUGCCCAACAUGGAGUACACCAAGCAGCUUUUGCUCAGCUGCCUGCUCAACGUCUGCAACAAAAUGGCGCAGAAUGAACAACCGAAUGCGCCGGACGUCCUGGAUGAAGACAAGUUCAGCGUGGAGCUGGUGGUCCAGUGCAUCCGAGCAACGGACGUGCCGCAGACUCAUCAUCACGCUCUGUUGCUGCUGGGCACCGUCGCCAACAUCUUCCCUGAGAAAGUUCUGCACAACAUCAUGCCCAUCUUCACCUUCAUGGGCGCUAACAUCAUGCGUCUCGACGACGCCUACAGCUUCCGAGUCAUCGACAAAACGGUCCAGAUGGUCAUCCCGGCUCUGAUUCAGGCCCGCGGCCAGUCGGACGACAGCGUGGACGCGGUGGUGACGAGGAUCGUGCACGUCUUUGCCGACGCGCUGCCUCACGUGCCCGAACACAGGCGGUUGCCCAUCCUGGCUCAACUGGUCGCCACGCUGGGCCCGGCCCGCUUCCUCUGGGUCCUCAUGCUCCUCCUGUUCAAGCUUCACACCGCACGGGCGCCCGGCUCCGAAAGCGAGAAGGAAGCGGCGCUGGAGAGAGAUGUGGACUUCUGGAUCUCCGUCUGUUGCCAGUUCGAGGUGGCCGAGCAGCUCACGUCGCUCAUCAACAUCCUGAACUUCCUCAUCAAGCUGCCCGACGACAAGGAGGAUGCCGCGGCGGCCAAGCCCGCCCUCGGCCGGCGAGGAGCCGGCAAAAAGAAGAAGAAGGAAGAGGAGGAGAAGGUGGAGGAGCUGAUCUUCAGCGUGGAGGCCCACAGCGGCAAGGAGUUGAGACACUUCAAGUUCCUCUCGGUCUCCUUCAUGGCUCAGCUGCUCGGCUCGGCCAGCUUCAUCGGGAAGGUAGCAGAGACUCAGGACGUCGUCGAUGGCGUCCGCGCAGAGUCUCUCCAGCAGCUGCAGCAGCAGCUACUGGAGGACAACCUGCGUUACAUUCAACGUGUCGCGCGCUGUGUGGAGGAGAACGCCGACAAGCCCAUCGCAAAGUUUUGGAGAGUUCUUCUCAAUAAGUCCUACGACGUUCUGGAUAAGUUGAACGCUUUGUUGCCCACGGACACGUUCAUCACGGUGAUGAGGGGGCUGAUGGGAAACCAGCUGCCGUCGGUGAGGAGGAAAGCCAUGGAGCUUCUCAACAACAAGCUGCAGCACAAGACCCACUGGGCAGAGCAACAGGUCAGCGUCCUCUUACAGCUCAUCGGGGACCUCAUCGCCAUCGUGGGCACAACGCGCGGGAACGCGGCGGAGGAGGCGGCGGCGACUGAGCAGGCCGUCAACAGGCAGACGGCGCUCUACAGCCUCAAGCUGCUCUGCCGCCUCUUCGGCCCGGCUCAUCAGGACGCCUUCGUGCCCGUCCUGCUGCGCAUGGUGGAGAUCGUCACCUCGCCGCACGAAGACAAGAACGUGAUGGCCAGCGCCCUGCUGUGCGUCGCCGAGGUGGUCAGCGCCCUCAAAGCUCUCGCCAUCCCGCAGCUGCCAAGGUUGAUGCCGGCCGUGCUGCACGUGCUCACCGACAGGAAGGAUCUGCUGACCUCUGAGAUUUACUUGCUGAGCGCCGUCACCGCCCUGCAGCGCGUCGCCGAGACGCUGGCGCACUUCAUCAGCCCUUACCUGCAGGAUACCACCUUGCAGGUGUGUUGGCUGACGCGCCUACUGGAGGAAUCUUUGCCGUCAUCCUCAGCCGCAACCAGUCAACUGUCCCUGCGACUGGCCUCUCUCAGGAGCUCCCUGGCCAGCAAGCUCCCCCCCAGGGUCCUCUUGCCCGUCCUGACCAAGUGCUACACGGUCAUGGUGGUCGACAAGAAGGACCAGCUGGGGGCGCUGAUGAGCAUCCUCAAGGAACACAUGCGCCACAUGGACCGAGAGCAGCUCAGCUUCCACCAAUCGGAGCUCACCGGCUUCUUCCUCGCCGCCCUGGAUUUCAGAGCCCAAUUCUGCCAGGGCGACCUGGCGACGGCAGCUCAGAUCGAGGGCAGCGUCAUCGACUGCCUGCUGGUCAUGGUGAUGAAGCUGUCCGAAGUCACCUUCAGGCCGUUCUUCUUCAAGUUGUUCGACUGGAGCAAAUCGGGCCGGAAAGAGCGUCUGCUGACAUUCUUCCGACUAUCCGACUGCAUUGCCGAGCGCCUCAAAGGUCUCUUCGUCCUGUUUGCUGGAAACCUGGUCAAACCCUUCGCAGACCUCCUCCAGCAGACCAACGUCUCCCAGACUGAGGAGCCGUUGUUCGAUUCCGAGCACGGUGCCGAAAAGAGCCAGCUGCUGCUUUGCAGCGUGCUGGACUGCCUGCACAAAAUCUUUUUGUACGACACGCAGCGCUUCCUCAGCAAGGAGCGUGCCGAAGCCCUCCUGGUGCCCCUCGUUGACCAGCUGGAGAACAGGCUCGGUGGCGAUGAGGAGUACCAGCAGAGGGUGACCAAACAUCUUAUCCCGUGCGUGGGUCAGUUUGCCGUGUCGCUGGCGGACGACACCCAGUGGAAAAGCCUCAACUACAACAUCCUGCUCAAGUGCAGACACGCCGACGCCAAGGUGCGCUUCUCUUCGCUGCUCAUGCUGAUGGAGCUGGCGGCCAAGCUGAAGGAGAACUAUAUGGUGCUGCUUCCAGAGACCAUCCCCUUCCUGGCUGAACUCAUGGAGGACGAAUGUGAGGAGGUGGAGCAUCAAGUUCAGAAGGUGGUUCAGGAGAUGGAGGACAUCCUGGGGGAACCGCUGCAGAGCUACUUCUAACACGCACACAGUUUGAAACAUCACGCACCAUUUUGUGUGGUGGGGGGGGGGGGGCAAUAACGUUACGGCGUGCCUUUGUUGACCUUGUCAGAGUCACUCCCAUCAUGAAAACGGGGGAGAAUCAUGACGUGGUUUUAUUUGUUAUAAACGGACCACUAUUUGCACACAUCCUUAGGAUAAGCUAUUUUCUAUUGUCAUCACCCUUUUGGAGCAACUAGUAAGUGCCCAACCUGUCAGAAUGGUGUGACUGCCGCUUUAAGAAUCCCGGUCAGCAAGCUUGCGUAUUGUGCCGCUUGCAUGUGCUUUUGAUUUAAAAAAAAAAAACUUUUUUGUGUUGAAACUGUCAAAGUCUCAAAAGGCGCUUUUCGGUAAUAUGACUUAUUUCCCGAAUAUUUUGUCGGAAAU